GCUACGGAAAUGUGUCGCCGAACAUCUUUUUUGUUUUUCUCCACUUUGCUGUUUGUCGGUCUCUUCGUGUUUGUAUCUGCAGCAGGUGGUGGCAUCACCUCUGAAUAGAGGCAGCUGCAGCAGCAAAGCAGUGGCAUCUGUAGGUGCCACUCUAAUACUGCUUUUAUGCUAAGGUGAGGUAAUAUGAAGGCAGACGGACGGCUCAUCUACCUGCACAGUGUUUGAUGUUGAUGGAGGCAGUGUAUGUGGUACAACCGGUCUGUAGAUCAGAAAAUCAUCCCAGCUGAACCUGGACAAAAGAACGUCACUUUGCCAUGUCGAGCUCCAAACAAUAACAACAUUAUUGUUCUAGACUGGAGCAGAGCUGACCUGGGAGAGAAAUAUGUGCUUUUGUUCCGCGAUGAGCUGUUUGAUCCAGAAAACCAGUAUCCAUCUUUUAAGAACCGGGUGGAGCUGCAGGACAGACAGAUGAAGAAUGGAGACGUGUCUUUGAUUCUGAAGGAUGUGACGAGUAAUGACACUGGAACAUACGAGUGUCGUGUCGUCCAGAGAGGAGCAAAGCGCAGGAAGAGAUCUGUUUUGAAAAAUCCCCCCAUCAGCAUCGUCACCCUAAAAGUUGUUCCUCCAGGUCAGACAGGAGGAGACACAGAGGAUGGAUCUGUUGUACUGAUCGUCGGUCUGAUUCUUUCUGCUGUGCUUCUUGUUGCUGCUGUUGGGUUUUUGAUCUACAGAAAACAUAAACAACAACAGAGUCAGGAUUCAUACUAGCCUCCUGUUAAAUUUCAGCCUGUUUGAAAUGUCAGCUUAACAGUGAUUCUUGUGCUUUGCUUUCAGUCGUGUCACUGAAAAUGUGGAAAGACAGAAAUCAGUAAUAUUAAACAUUUAGCAGGUACCUGUCAGACACGUCCAGAUUUUGCAUUUAAUUUACAUUUUUCAUCAGAAAAGAGGAGAAAGUUGUUUGGAAUAUAAACAGUAUUUUCUGAUAUUACUCAGGAUCCUUUGAUCACAUGUUGCUGGUGUUUGACUCAUUUUAAAUGUAAUUAUAUUAAAAUGAAACCAAAGAAAAAAAAACAUUUCUAUGUAGCUGCAGAGUCCAACAUUUCCUCCCUUUGACCUGGAAUGAUUCAGCUUUAUUGAACUUUACCUUCCAUGAAGGAGACACUUCAGUCUGUUACUGUCCACCUGUUACUUUCCUUUACCUGACAAAGAUCCACAUGUGUUAGUACUUAAUGUGUGUUUUGUUUUUUUGUUUGUUUUAUUCCAACAUUUCCUGUGGUUGUACUUUGUUUUUGUUUUUUGUUUUUUUAAUCAGAAGCUCUGACUUCCUGGAACUGUUGAUGCAGAUUUUGUCACCUUGAAUCAAUCCAAAAUAAAUAUAACCAUGUGUAAA